AUGGAGUGCUCUGACCUUCCAAAAAACUUGAAUUCCUUUUUGGAAGAGUAUUUAGAAAAGAUCGGAGAUGAUUCAAAAGAAAUAAAGCGAGAUCUUGAGCUUAUUCAGCAGCUCGACGAGGUACACAUCUCUUCUUCAGGAAAUCGAGGAGCUUAAAACCCAGCUGUUGGAUACUGCGGAGGAGAGAGUGAAAGCGAGCAGCAUUGACAACGUUGAUGAACUGCUUUCAAAGGACUAUUUGUUUUUAAAGUUCAAGGAAAAGACGGGAGAGGCAAUUGCCGUCUCGGAGGAGAAAGUUCAAAUAUCUCAGAGAAUCACUCGGUUAAUGGACAAUGCCAUCGCUCGUUUGUCAAACAAGAUCGAUGAAUUUGGAGACGAAAGGAAAGCAAUCGAAGAAUCGCAAGCAGAACUAGCGAAGAAUGCGGAGCUACGGAACUCAAAGAAGAAGCAAAAGGAAGAAGCAAUUAUGACAGAUCCAGCUAUUGCCGCCGCUGCUGCUGCUGCUGCUGCUGCUGCAGAAGAGUCUCAAACGUAUUGUACAUGUGGUAAACCUUCGUAUGGAGAGAUGAUUGGGUGUGAUAAUGAUAAUUGUACCAUAAAAUGGUUUCAUCUGCGGUGUGUCGGGUUGGAUUCCAUUCCUGAGGGAACUUGGUAUUGCCCGAUUUGUAGGCCGCUAAUGGAAAAUCAGAAAGCAUAG